AUGGGAUUGCAUGCAAAAAUUUGGCGCAACGUUGGUGGGCCUGCAUGCAACGUGUUCAUAAACCACCGUAAGGUUGAUACGGGACGUACGGUGGUUCCCUUGCUGUACGACCAUCUGAUGCAGCAAGGAUGCAAGCCGUUCUUGGACACAGAAAAUCUGAAACCCGGAGAUAGGUUGUUGCGCACAAUUGAUAAAGCUGUACGAGGAUGUAAGGUUGGGGUUGCUGUCUUUUCGCCUCGUUAUUGUGACUCUUAUUUCUGUCUCCAUGAGCUCUCAAUUCUCCUGGAAUCAAAGAAACCAAUCAUUCCGAUUUUCUAUGAUGUGAAGCCGUCGCAGCUUCAGGUUAAGGACAGUGGAAUAUUGAGCUGUUCCCAGAAAGAGGUGAAGAGGUUUGAUUUUGCUGUUGAAGAAGCUAAAUGCAUUGUGGGGCUGCCCUUCGACUCCUCCAAAGAUGACUGGUCGGAGCUGGUACGUGAAGCUUCAAAUGCAGUGAUGAGCAAAUUGCAUGAAGAAAUCGGUGCACAAGUUAAUUAA